AUGUUCAAUCAUCGACCAUCGCUGCAGUGUCACACCUCCUCUAGCUACUUCUAUCCUAGAGCCUUGCGUGUGGCUAUGUUUGCUGAUGGAGCAGAUGCAGAUGAGGCUAGAGCUGCAGGAGCUGAUUUGGUGGGUGGUGAGGAUCUUAUUGAAGGAAUAAAAAACGCCGACUGUGCAUCCACCAAACACAGAAGGUGGCCGGAAGAUGUAGCAUGGCAUCCACAUGGCGGUAGCCUAUUUGCUGUCUACACUGCUGAUGGUGGCGACCCUCAAAUAUCAGUCCUCAACCUGAAUAAACCAAAAGAGAAAAACUGUGUAACUUUCCUUGAAGAUAAACCACAUGCGAAGGGCAUCAUCAACACCAUAUCAUUCAUGUCAUGGGAAGAUACUUUUUUUGUAACUGGUGGAAGUGAUCAUGUUGUGGUUCAAUGGAGUGAUAAAAACGGGGAUGAUUCUUGGAAACCAAAAGUGUUGCACAGAAGUAUGCAUUCUUCAGCUAGUAUGGGAGUUGCAGGGAUGCGACAAAAACAGAUGGUGGUUUCUGUAGGUGCUGAUAAAAGGAUAAUUGGAUUCGAUUUACAAACUGGAAGAGCGGAUUACAAGCAUCAGAUUGAAAGCAAGUGUAUGAGUGUCUACCAAAUCCUUAUGACUUCAAUCUUUCCAUGGUUCAAACCAGGUGAAAAAGGUGAUGAUUUGAUACGAGUCUUGAGGGAACUUACCACUGUACAAAGAAAAAUUGCAGUGCAAGUGGAACUUCAAGGGACUACUUUUACUUUUGUAAAUGACUGUGGGUUCACUGUUUGGCCUGGAGUCAAUGGCUGGACUGAUUCCAAUACUGGAUUUGAGCUAACAAAGGGUACUGCACGCUCUUUUCAAGCUCCGGUUGGGUGGUCAGGUCGUAUCUGGGGUAGGACAGGUUGCAACUUCAAUGUAUCCGGUUAUGGGUCGACUCAUAUAUUCACUUGUAUUGAUGACAACUCGAGUUUAAGUAUUAGCGAUUGUUUUGUUAAGUGUUGGAAUGAUUGCACUUGUGUGGGGUUUAAUAGUAGUAACAUCAAUGGAACUGGCUGUGUUAUAUGGACUGGAAGUAAUAACUUUUUAGUUAAUCCUCAUGAUAACUCUACUUUAAAGUAUGUGAUCAACCAAAAUCCAAUCAAUCCAAGUACAGAAUACGAGAGACAGAAGAGAGAUGAGUAUUUCCUGGAGUUGACAGCUUCUGAAAGCUUCAAGGAUAUACAUCAGCUUGAAAACAAUGGUGGGAAAGGAAAUGACUUGUUAUUAUUUAGAAUUGCCUCUAUCAUGGCUGCCACUGAUGAUUUCUCAUUUGAGAAUAAGCUCGGACAAGGUGGUUUUGGACCUGUUUUCAAGGGAAGACUAAGUGAUGGACGAGAAAUUGCAAUCAAAAGGAUUUCAAGAACAUCAGGGCAAGGGCUCGUGGAAUUCAAGAAUGAACUAGUACUUAUUGCUAAACUCCAGCAUACAAAUCUUGUUCAGACUCUUUUCUUUCGAUGUCUUGCUGAUGAAAACAGAAAGACAGAGUUGGAUUGGCGUAAAUGA